CUCUUGCACCAGCUCCUCAGCCCAAUGGGGGGCGGCAGCAUCCAAGUAAACUCACUCCCUGAAGAUUUGUAGGAGAGAUUCGCGUUCAAAAUCUUUUUGACUCUAACCGCUCUCCGUAGCGCCUUAGCCCGCUCUAGUUUCAAUGCGCGCUGUUGCUUGACGAAGCUGACUCCCGUAUAUCGCCGGCUGCCUUCCUGAUCAUGGCUUCUCCGAGUUCUUUCACCUUCUAUUGCCCUCCCUCCUCCUCCCCGGUCUGGUCAGAGCCGCUGUACAGUCUGAGGCCGGAGCACGUGCGGGAGCGGUUGCAGGACGACUCAGUGGAAACAGUCACGUCCAUUGAACAGGCAAAAGUAGAAGAAAAGAUCCAAGAGGUCUUCAGUUCUUACAAAUUCAACCACCUUGUCCCAAGGCUUAUUUUGCAGAGGGAGAAGCACUUCCAUUAUCUGAAAAGAGGUCUUCGACAGCUGACAGAUGCCUAUGAGUGUCUGGAUGCCAGCCGCCCAUGGCUCUGCUAUUGGAUCCUGCACAGCUUGGAACUGCUAGAUGAACCUAUCCCCCAGAUGGUGGCUACAGAUGUGUGCCAGUUCCUGGAGCUGUGUCAAAGCCCAGAAGGUGGCUUUGGAGGGGGCCCUGGUCAGUACCCACACCUUGCACCCACAUAUGCAGCAGUCAAUGCACUGUGCAUCAUCGGUACCGAAGAGGCCUACGAUGUCAUUAACAGAGAGAAGCUUCUUCAAUAUUUGUACUCUCUGAAGCAACCUGAUGGCUCUUUUCUCAUGCAUGUUGGAGGUGAGGUGGAUGUGAGGAGUGCCUACUGUGCUGCUUCCGUAGCCUCUCUGACCAAUAUCAUCACUCCAGACCUCUUUGAGGGCACUGCUGAAUGGAUAGCAAGGUGUCAGAAUUGGGAAGGUGGAAUUGGCGGAGUGCCAGGGAUGGAAGCCCAUGGUGGCUAUACUUUCUGUGGCCUAGCUGCACUGGUAAUCCUCAAGAAGGAACGUUCCUUAAACCUGAAGAGCUUGUUACAGUGGGUGACGAGCCGGCAGAUGCGAUUUGAAGGUGGCUUUCAGGGCCGCUGCAACAAGCUGGUGGACGGCUGCUACUCCUUCUGGCAGGCCGGGCUUCUGCCCCUGCUCCAUCGGGCGCUGCAUGCCCAAGGUGAUCCCGCCCUGAGCAUGAGUCACUGGAUGUUCCAUCAGCAGGCCCUGCAGGAAUACAUUCUCAUGUGCUGUCAGUGCCCCACUGGGGGGCUUCUGGAUAAACCUGGCAAGUCACGUGACUUCUACCACACCUGCUACUGCUUGAGCGGUUUGUCCAUAGCUCAGCACUUCGGAAGUGGAGCCAUGCUGCAUGAUGUGGUCCUGGGUAUGCCUGAGAACUCUCUGCAGCCCACUCACCCUGUGUACAACAUUGGACCCGAUAAGGUGAUCCAGGCCACCAUGCACUUUCUGCAAAAGCCAGUCCCCAACUUCGAAGAGCAGGAAGACGAGGCAACAGCAGAGCCUGCCACCAACUAGAGGACAUGGAGUCCCCUGGCUCUGUGUUCACCCAUCGCUCCAGUCAGACCAAGGUGGAUCCGUUCUGAUACAUAGUGCAUUCUGUACUAUACAAGCCUUAGCCACUCUGGAGGUGUGGCUCUCUUUUUUCCUUUCUUGUCAAACAAAACAAAACCAUUGGCUCUGGGUUUGGAGAACACAGUGGUGUGGUUUCUUAAUUCUUUCCACACCUGUUAAACCAAAAAUCUAUCAGCUCGUG